AUGUCCGACCCACAUGAUAGGGCGGCUCAGGCCGUCUCACAAAUCGUCCCCGCGGACGAGGCAUCCGGUUUGGAUGAGCGACACCGCGUCGCUGUCGCUGGCCAAUCAGGCCCAACCCAUCCAUCCGGACAGCCCACGACAACCACCGAGGAUCCAGCCGGAGACGUCGAUGCGCGUCUACUAGGUUUCGAAGAUGUACGACUCCCCGCCAAGGGCGCUUUGGACGGACAGUACGUCGUCAACGUCGACCAACCCGCCGACGUCUCCCACAUGGGCGUGAUGGGAGCCGGCAUUGCCGACCAAUUUGUCGACAUUUCGAAGAAAGAAGCACAAGCCGCUGUGGGCGCAGUGGCCGGUGCCUCCGAGCAGCUCGACAGCGCUAACGCCGGCAUCUAUGCACUUGCCUCUGGUCUUCUGGGCGGAAAGACCGCGGGCAGCUCAUCGGGCCCCACCUCGAGCCUUGCCUCCUUCUCCGAGAUUGACGACGUUAUGGGCGAUAACGGCGUCACCAAGUCUCAACUUUACAUCAGCAGCCAUUCGAGCGGCAUGGGCGAGCCGUUCGGUGCUUUCUCCGAUCGUGAAGAUCUGGUCAGGAGCAUAUACGAAACCGAUCCGUUUAAUGACCCGGGGCGAAGGGUUACGGAGGUGACGUUGAACAUUUUCUUGUCGCGCGGAGGGAAGCACUAUGCAGUCGGCCCACUCACACAAGACGAAGACAUGGAGCAGGAGCAAUAUUCCGAAUCUGAGGCCUGGAAGUCGAGCAGCGAGAAAAAAGCACCCUCUGCAAUCGGACUCGGGGCCGAGAAUGUCCGAGCCUUCUCCGACUCCGAGGACGACGAGGAUGCCAAGUCCAUGUCCAUGGAGCUUAUCGAUAAGGAGCUCGUCGAAGAGCUUGAGCAACAGCUUGAUGAAAAGGCGCCGACGCCCACUCAGUCUGAGCUCGAGGAGCCGUUGGCGAAGAAGUUGAAGGAGGCAAAUGAACCUCUUGAGAUCAUCACCAACCAACAAAUGAUGCAAGCCAUGAUGCAGAGCAAGAUGCCGAUAGAAUCCCCUCCAACCGAAGCCUCCUCUUACAUGUCUGAAGGCGGUUGGGAAGUCCUCCAAGACACUAUGACAGCCAGUGUACAUUCCGACGAAACGAGCAGUCAACCUAGUCUCGUCCAUUCUGAGGACUGGGAUCAAGCCCACGCCUUCUCACUCCAGCAAGCCCUCCUCGGCGAAAUGGCCCUCCAAACCAAAUCAGACCCUAUCUAUGAUGGCGACAAAGAUAAACCGGAAAGCGAAGGACUCGCGGAGAAACGGAAAAGAACCGAUUCCACCGAAAGCAACACCACUCUCGGAGAUAACAAUUAUGAUGUUGUGGCCGACGCUGAUGAAAGCCGCUACGCUGAGAUCCUGAAGACGCCAACUAGGGAAACCCGUGAUGCGGCCUUCUUUGAUGAAGCCCAAACAUCUCAACAGCACCUAACUCCCGAAGCCGUGCCCGCGGAAACUUCCACACCCGAGGAAAAGAAAAAGAAAAAGUCCGAAGAAUCUCAGGGCGAACAAAGCUCCUCAGCAACCGAUGCGACGCAAGCCGCUGCAGACCAGGCGGAAGUCGAAAACGAACCCCUUUCCGCUGACACCCAAUUCAAUACGGUAACCAUCGUUAACGAUGAGGCUCAACUACACGACCACCAACAAAUCGCUUCCGAUUCCACCGAAGCUCAACCAACUGAAGCCCCAGCUGCCGAUCUGGCUGCUGAAAACGUCGAGAAGCCUGAGGAACACGUCGAGGAGCAGCACAUUGCUGUCACCGAGGUUGAACCUGUUGAAGGCGAGAAACCCGCUGAGGAUGUCGCCGUCGUCCACCACGAGGCCGAAGAGACCAAGCCAACUGAGGAGGGCGAGGUUCAGCAACUGGACGACCAACAAAUCGCUUCUGAUUCGACCGAGGCUCAACCAACUGAAGCCCCAGCUGCCGAUCUGGCUGCUGAAAACGUCGAGAAGCCUGAGGAACACGUCGAGGAGCAGCACAUUGCUGUCACCGAGGUUGAACCUGUUGAAGGCGAGAAACCCGCUGAGGAUGUCGCCGUCGUCCACCACGAGGCCGAAGAGACCAAGCCAACUGAGGAGGGCGAGGUUCAGCAACUGGACGACCAACAAAUCGCUUCUGAUUCGACCGAGGCUCAACCAACUGAAGCCCCAGCUGCCGAUCUGGCUGCUGAAAACGUCGAGAAGCCUGAGGAACACGUCGAGGAGCAGCACAUUGCUGUCACCGAGGCUGAACCUGUUGAAGGCGAGAAACACGCUGAGGAUGUCGCCGUCGUCCACCACGAGGCCGAAGAGACCAAGCCAACUGAGGAGGGCGCGGCUCAGCACAUCGACGAUCAACAAAUCGCUUCCGAUUCGACCGAGGCUCAACCAACUGAAGCCCCAGCUGCCGAUCUGGCUGCUGAACAAGUCGAGCAGCCUGAGGAACACGUCGAGGAGCAGCACAUUGCUGUCACCGAGGCUGAACCUGUUGAAGGCGAGAAACACGCUGAGGAUGUCGCCGUCGUCCACCACGAGGCCGAAGAGACCAAGCCAACUGAGGAGGGCGAGGCUCAGCACAUCGACGAUCAACAAAUCGCUUCCGAUUCGACCGAGGCUCAACCAACUGAAGCCCCAGCUGCCGAUCUGGCUGCUGAACAAAUCGAGAAGCCUGAGGAACACGUCGAGGAGCAGCACAUUGCUGUCACCGAGGCUGAACCUGUUGAAGGCGAGAAACCCGCUGAGGAUGUUGCCGUCGUCCACCACGAGGCCGAAGAGACCAAGCCAACUGAGGAGGGCGAGGCUCAGCAACUCGACGACCAACAAAUCGCUUCUGAUUCGACCGAGGCUCAACCAACUGAAGCCCCAGCUGCCGAUCUGGCUGCUGAACAAGUCGAGCAGCCUGAGGAACACGUCGAGGAGCAGCACAUUGCUGUCACCGAGGCUGAACCUGUUGAAGGCGAGAAACCCGCUGAGGAUGUUGCCGUCGUCCACCACGAGGCCGAAGAGACCAAGCCAACUGAGGAGGGCGCGGCUCAGCACAUCGACGAUCAACAAAUCGCUUCUGAUUCGACCGAGGCUCAACCAACUGAAGCCCCAGCUGCCGAUCUGGCUGCUGAAAACGUCGAGAAGCCUGAGGAACACGUCGAGGAGCAGCACAUUGCUGUCACCGAGGCUGAACCUGUUGAAGGCGAGAAACCCGCUGAGGAUGUUGCCGUCGUCCACCACGAGGCCGAAGAGACCAAGCCAACUGAGGAGGGCGAGGUUCAGCAACUGGACGACCAACAAAUCGCUUCUGAUUCGACCGAGGCUCAACCAACUGAAGCCCCAGCUGCCGAUCUGGCUGCUGAAAACGUCGAGAAGCCUGAAGAACACGUCGAGGAGCAGCACAUUGCUGUCACCGAGGCUGAACCUGUUGAAGGCGAGAAACCCGCUGAGGAUGUUGCCGUCGUCCACCACGAGGCCGAAGAGACCAAGCCAACUGAGGAGGGCGAGGUUCAGCAACUGGACGACCAACAAAUCGCUUCUGAUUCGACCGAGGCUCAACCAACUGAAGCCCCAGCUGCCGAUCUGGCUGCUGAACAAGUCGAGCAGCCUGAGGAACACGUCGAGGAGCAGCACAUUGCUGUCACCGAGGCUGAACCUGUUGAAGGCGAGAAACCCGCUGAGGAUGUUGCCGUCGUCCACCACGAGGCCGAAGAGACCAAGCCAACUGAGGAGGGCGAGGCUCAGCAACUGGACGACCAACAAAUCGCUUCUGAUUCGACCGAGGCUCAACCAACUGAAGCCCCAGCUGCCGAUCUGGCUGCUGAACAAGUCGAGCAGCCUGAGGAACACGUCGAGGAGCAGCACAUUGCUGUCACCGAGGCUGAACCUGUUGAAGGCGAGAAACCCGCUGAGGAUGUUGCCGUCGUCCACCACGAGGCCGAAGAGACCAAGCCAACUGAGGAGGGCGAGGCUCAGCAACUCGACGACCAACAAAUCGCUUCUGACUCGACCGAGGCUCCACCAACUGAAGCCCCAGCUGCCGAUCUGGCUGCUGAAAACGUCGAGAAGCCUGAGGAACACGUCGAGGAGCAGCACAUUGCUGUCACCGAGGCUGAACCUGUUGAAGGCGAGAAACCCGCUGAGGAUGUUGCCGUCGUCCACCACGAGGCCGAAGAGACCAAGCCAACUGAGGAGGGCGAGGCUCAGCAACUGGACGACCAACAAAUCGCUUCUGAUUCGACCGAGGCUCAACCAACUGAAGCCCCAGCUGCCGAUCUGGCUGCUGAACAAGUCGAGCAGCCUGAGGAACACGUCGAGGAGCAGCACAUUGCUGUCACCGAGGCUGAACCUGUUGAAGGCGAGAAACCCGCUGAGGAUGUUGCCGUCGUCCACCACGAGGCCGAAGAGACCAAGCCAACUGAGGAGGGCGAGGCUCAGCAACUGGACGACCAACAAAUCGCUUCUGAUUCGACCGAGGCUCAACCAACUGAAGCCCCAGCUGCCGAUCUGGCUGCUGAACAAGUCGAGCAGCCUGAGGAACACGUCGAGGAGCAGCACAUUGCUGUCACCGAGGUUGAACCUGUUGAAGGCGAGAAACCCGCUGAGGAUGUUGCCGUCGUCCACCACGAGGCCGAAGAGACCAAGCCAACUGAGGAGGGCGCGGCUCAGCACAUCGACGAUCAACAAAUCGCUUCUGAUUCGACCGAGGCUCAACCAACUGAAACCCCAGCUGCCGAUCUGGCUGCUGAACAAGUCGAGCAGCCUGAGGAACACGUCGAGGAGCAGCACAUUGCUGUCACCGAGGCUGAACCUGUUGAAGGCGAGAAACCCGCUGAGGAUGUUGCCGUCGUCCACCACGAGGCCGAAGAGACCAAGCCAACUGAGGAGGGCGAGGCUCAGCAACUCGACGACCAACAAAUCGCUUCUGACUCGACCGAGGCUCCACCAACUGAAGCCCCAGCUGCCGAUCUGGCUGCUGAAAACGUCGAGAAGCCUGAGGAACACGUCGAGGAGCAGCACAUUGCUGUCACCGAGGCUGAACCUGUUGAAGGCGAGAAACCCGCUGAGGAUGUUGCCGUCGUCCACCACGAGGCCGAAGAGACCAAGCCAACUGAGGAGGGCGAGGCUCAGCAACUGGACGACCAACAAAUCGCUUCUGAUUCGACCGAGGCUCAACCAACUGAAGCCCCAGCUGCCGAUCUGGCUGCUGAACAAGUCGAGCAGCCUGAGGAACACGUCGAGGAGCAGCACAUUGCUGUCACCGAGGCUGAACCUGUUGAAGGCGAGAAACCCGCUGAGGAUGUUGCCGUCGUCCACCACGAGGCCGAAGAGACCAAGCCAACUGAGGAGGGCGAGGCUCAGCAACUGGACGACCAACAAAUCGCUUCUGAUUCGACCGAGGCUCAACCAACUGAAGCCCCAGCUGCCGAUCUGGCUGCUGAACAAGUCGAGCAGCCUGAGGAACACGUCGAGGAGCAGCACAUUGCUGUCACCGAGGUUGAACCUGUUGAAGGCGAGAAACCCGCUGAGGAUGUUGCCGUCGUCCACCACGAGGCCGAAGAGACCAAGCCAACUGAGGAGGGCGCGGCUCAGCACAUCGACGAUCAACAAAUCGCUUCUGAUUCGACCGAGGCUCAACCAACUGAAACCCCAGCUGCCGAUCUGGCUGCUGAAAACGUCGAGAAGCCUGAGGAACACGUCGAGGAGCAGCACAUUGCUGUCACCGAGGCUGAACCUGUUGAAGGCGAGAAACCCGCUGAGGAUGUUCCCGUCGUCCACCACGAGGCCGAAGACACCAAGCCAACUGAGGAGGGCGCGGCUCAGCACAUCGACGAUCAACAAAUCGCUUCUGAUUCGACCGAGGCUCAACCAACUGAAACCCCAGCUGCCGAUCUGGCUGCUGAACAAGUCGAGCAGCCUGAGGAACACGUCGAGGAGCAGCACAUUGCUGUCACCGAGGCUGAACCUGUUGAAGGCGAGAAACCCGCUGAGGAUGUUGCCGUCGUCCACCACGAGGCCGAAGAGACCAAGCCAACUGAGGAGGGCGAGGCUCAGCAACUCGACGACCAACAAAUCGCUUCUGACUCGACCGAGGCUCCACCAACUGAAGCCCCAGCUGCCGAUCUGGCUGCUGAAAACGUCGAGAAGCCUGAGGAACACGUCGAGGAGCAGCACAUUGCUGUCACCGAGGCUGAACCUGUUGAAGGCGAGAAACCCGCUGAGGAUGUUGCCGUCGUCCACCACGAGGCCGAAGAGACCAAGCCAACUGAGGAGGGCGAGGCUCAGCAACUGGACGACCAACAAAUCGCUUCUGAUUCGACCGAGGCUCAACCAACUGAAGCCCCAGCUGCCGAUCUGGCUGCUGAACAAGUCGAGCAGCCUGAGGAACACGUCGAGGAGCAGCACAUUGCUGUCACCGAGGCUGAACCUGUUGAAGGCGAGAAACCCGCUGAGGAUGUUGCCGUCGUCCACCACGAGGCCGAAGAGACCAAGCCAACUGAGGAGGGCGAGGUUCAGCAACUGGACGACCAACAAAUCGCUUCUGAUUCGACCGAGGCUCAACCAACUGAAGCCCCAGCUGCCGAUCUGGCUGCUGAAAACGUCGAGAAGCCUGAAGAACACGUCGAGGAGCAGCACAUUGCUGUCACCGAGGCUGAACCUGUUGAAGGCGAGAAACCCGCUGAGGAUGUUGCCGUCGUCCACCACGAGGCCGAAGAGACCAAGCCAACUGAGGAGGGCGAGGUUCAGCAACUGGACGACCAACAAAUCGCUUCUGAUUCGACCGAGGCUCAACCAACUGAAGCCCCAGCUGCCGAUCUGGCUGCUGAAAACGUCGAGAAGCCUGAAGAACACGUCGAGGAGCAGCACAUUGCUGUCACCGAGGCUGAACCUGUUGAAGGCGAGAAACCCGCUGAGGAUGUUGCCGUCGUCCACCACGAGGCCGAAGAGACCAAGCCAACUGAGGAGGGCGAGGUUCAGCAACUGGACGACCAACAAAUCGCUUCUGAUUCGACCGAGGCUCAACCAACUGAAGCCCCAGCUGCCGAUCUGGCUGCUGAACAAGUCGAGCAGCCUGAGGAACACGUCGAGGAGCAGCACAUUGCUGUCACCGAGGCUGAACCUGUUGAAGGCGAGAAACACGCUGAGGAUGUCGCCGUCGUCCACCACGAGGCCGAAGAGACCAAGCCAACUGAGGAGGGCGCGGCUCAGCACAUCGACGAUCAACAAAUCGCUUCUGAUUCGACCGAGGCUCAACCAACUGAAGCCCCAGCUGCCGAUCUGGCUGCUGAAAACGUCGAGAAGCCUGAGGAACACGUCGAGGAGCAGCACAUUGCUGUCACCGAGGCUGAACCUGUUGAAGGCGAGAAACCCGCUGAGGAUGUUGCCGUGGUCCACCACGAGGCCGAAGAGACCAAGCCAACUGAGGAGGGCGCGGCUCAGCACAUCGACGAUCAACAAAUCGCUUCUGAUUCGACCGAGGCUCAACCAACUGAAACCCCAGCUGCCGAUCUGGCUGCUGAAAACGUCGAGAAGCCUGAGGAACACGUCGAGGAGCAGCACAUUGCUGUCACCGAGGCUGAACCUGUUGAAGGCGAGAAACCCGCUGAGGAUGUUCCCGUCGUCCACCACGAGGCCGAAGACACCAAGCCAACUGAGGAGGGCGCGGCUCAGCACAUCGACGAUCAACAAAUCGCUUCUGAUUCGACCGAGGCUCAACCAACUGAAACCCCAGCUGCCGAUCUGGCUGCUGAACAAGUCGAGCAGCCUGAGGAACACGUCGAGGAGCAGCACAUUGCUGUCACCGAGGCUGAACCUGUUGAAGGCGAGAAACCCGCUGAGGAUGUUGCCGUCGUCCACCACGAGGCCGAAGAGACCAAGCCAACUGAGGAGGGCGAGGCUCAGCAACUCGACGACCAACAAAUCGCUUCUGACUCGACCGAGGCUCCACCAACUGAAGCCCCAGCUGCCGAUCUGGCUGCUGAAAACGUCGAGAAGCCUGAGGAACACGUCGAGGAGCAGCACAUUGCUGUCACCGAGGCUGAACCUGUUGAAGGCGAGAAACCCGCUGAGGAUGUUGCCGUCGUCCACCACGAGGCCGAAGAGACCAAGCCAACUGAGGAGGGCGAGGCUCAGCAACUGGACGACCAACAAAUCGCUUCUGAUUCGACCGAGGCUCAACCAACUGAAGCCCCAGCUGCCGAUCUGGCUGCUGAACAAGUCGAGCAGCCUGAGGAACACGUCGAGGAGCAGCACAUUGCUGUCACCGAGGCUGAACCUGUUGAAGGCGAGAAACCCGCUGAGGAUGUUGCCGUCGUCCACCACGAGGCCGAAGAGACCAAGCCAACUGAGGAGGGCGAGGUUCAGCAACUGGACGACCAACAAAUCGCUUCUGAUUCGACCGAGGCUCAACCAACUGAAGCCCCAGCUGCCGAUCUGGCUGCUGAAAACGUCGAGAAGCCUGAAGAACACGUCGAGGAGCAGCACAUUGCUGUCACCGAGGCUGAACCUGUUGAAGGCGAGAAACCCGCUGAGGAUGUUGCCGUCGUCCACCACGAGGCCGAAGAGACCAAGCCAACUGAGGAGGGCGAGGUUCAGCAACUGGACGACCAACAAAUCGCUUCUGAUUCGACCGAGGCUCAACCAACUGAAGCCCCAGCUGCCGAUCUGGCUGCUGAAAACGUCGAGAAGCCUGAAGAACACGUCGAGGAGCAGCACAUUGCUGUCACCGAGGCUGAACCUGUUGAAGGCGAGAAACCCGCUGAGGAUGUUGCCGUCGUCCACCACGAGGCCGAAGAGACCAAGCCAACUGAGGAGGGCGAGGUUCAGCAACUGGACGACCAACAAAUCGCUUCUGAUUCGACCGAGGCUCAACCAACUGAAGCCCCAGCUGCCGAUCUGGCUGCUGAACAAGUCGAGCAGCCUGAGGAACACGUCGAGGAGCAGCACAUUGCUGUCACCGAGGCUGAACCUGUUGAAGGCGAGAAACACGCUGAGGAUGUCGCCGUCGUCCACCACGAGGCCGAAGAGACCAAGCCAACUGAGGAGGGCGCGGCUCAGCACAUCGACGAUCAACAAAUCGCUUCUGAUUCGACCGAGGCUCAACCAACUGAAGCCCCAGCUGCCGAUCUGGCUGCUGAAAACGUCGAGAAGCCUGAGGAACACGUCGAGGAGCAGCACAUUGCUGUCACCGAGGCUGAACCUGUUGAAGGCGAGAAGCCCGCUGAGGAUGUUGCCGUGGUCCACCACGAGGCCGAAGAAAUCAAGCCAACUGAGGAGGGCGAGGCUCAGCAACUCGACGAUCAACAAAUCGCUUCCGAUUCGACCGAAGCUCAACCAACUGAAACCCCAGCUGCCGAUCUGGCUGCUGAACAAGUCGAGAAGCCUGAGGAACACGUCGAGGAGCAGCACAUUGCUGUCACCGAGGCUGAACCUGUUGAAGGCGAGAAGCCCGCUGAGGAUGUUGCCGUGGUCCACCACGAGGCCGAAGAAAUCAAGCCAACUGAGGAGGGCGAGGCUCAGCAACUGGACGACCAACAAAUCGCUUCUGAUUCGACCGAGGCUCAACCAACUGAAGCCCCAGCUGCCGAUCUGGCUGCUGAACAAGUCGAGCAGCCUGAGGAACACGUCGAGGAGCAGCACAUUGCUGUCACCGAGGCUGAACCUGUUGAAGGCGAGAAACACGCUGAGGAUGUCGCCGUCGUCCACCACGAGGCCGAAGAGACCAAGCCAACUGAGGAGGGCGCGGCUCAGCACAUCGACGAUCAACAAAUCGCUUCUGAUUCGACCGAGGCUCAACCAACUGAAGCCCCAGCUGCCGAUCUGGCUGCUGAAAACGUCGAGAAGCCUGAGGAACACGUCGAGGAGCAGCACAUUGCUGUCACCGAGGCUGAACCUGUUGAAGGCGAGAAACCCGCUGAGGAUGUUGCCGUCGUCCACCACGAGGCCGAAGAGACCAAGCCAACUGAGGAGGGCGAGGUUCAGCAACUGGACGACCAACAAAUCGCUUCUGAUUCGACCGAGGCUCAACCAACUGAAGCCCCAGCUGCCGAUCUGGCUGCUGAAAACGUCGAGAAGCCUGAGGAACACGUCGAGGAGCAGCACAUUGCUGUCACCGAGGCUGAACCUGUUGAAGGCGAGAAACCCGCUGAGGAUGUUGCCGUCGUCCACCACGAGGCCGAAGAGACCAAGCCAACUGAGGAGGGCGAGGUUCAGCAACUGGACGACCAACAAAUCCCUUCUGAUUCGACCGAGGCUCAACCAACUGAAGCCCCAGCUGCCGAUCUGGCUGCUGAACAAGUCGAGCAGCCUGAGGAACACGUCGAGGAGCAGCACAUUGCUGUCACCGAGGCUGAACCUGUUGAAGGCGAGAAACACGCUGAGGAUGCUCAACCAACUGAAGCCCCAGCUGCCGAUCUGGCUGCUGAAAACGUCGACAAGCCUGAGGAACACGUCGAGGAGCAGCACAUUGCUGUCACCGAGGCUGAACCUGUUGAAGGCGAGAAACCCGCUGAGGAUGUUGCCGUGGUCCACCACGAGGCCGAAGAGACCAAGCCAACUGAGGAGGGCGCGGCUCAGCAAAUCGACGAUCAACAAAUCGCUUCUGAUUCGACCGAGGCUCAACCAACUGAAGCCCCAGCUGCCGAACUGGCUGCUGAAAAAGUCGAGAAGCCUGAGGAACACGUCGAGGAGCAGCACAUUGCUGUCACCGAGGCUGAACCUGUUGAAGGCGAGAAGCCCGCUGAGGAUGUUGCCGUGGUCCACCACGAGGCCGAAGAAAUCAAGCCAACUGAGGAGGGCGAGGCUCAGCAACUCGACGAUCAACAAAUCGCUUCCGAUUCGACCGAAGCUCAACCAACUGAAACCCCAGCUGCCGAUCUGGCUGCUGAAAACGUCGACAAGCCUGAGGAACACGUCGAGGAGCAGCACAUUGCUGUCACCGAGGCUGAACCUGUUGAAGGCGAGAAGCCCGCUGAGGAUGUUGCCGUCGUCCACCACGAGGCCGAAGAAACCAAGCCAACUGAGGAGGGCGCGGCUCAGCAAAUCGACGAUCAACAAAUCGCUUCUGAUUCGACCGAGGCUCAACCAACUGAAACCCCAGCUGCCGAUCUGGCUGCUGAAAACGUCGAGAAGCCUGAGGAACACGUCGAGGAGCAGCACAUUGCUGUCACCGAGGCUGAACCUGUUGAAGGCGAGAAACCCGCUGAGGAUGUUGCCGUCGUCCACCACGAGGCCGAAGAGACCAAGCCAACUGAGGAGGGCGAGGCUCAGCAACUCGACGACGAACAAAUCGCUUCUGAUUCGACCGAGGCUCAACCAACUGAAGCCCCAGCUGCCGAUCUGGCUGCUGAACAAGUCGAGAAGCCUGAGGAACACGUCGAGGAGCAGCACAUUGCUGUCACCGAGGCUGAACCUGUUGAAGGCGAGAAACCCGCUGAGGAUGUUGCCGUCGUCCACCACGAGGCCGAAGAGACCAAGCCAACUGAGGAGGGCGAGGCUCAGCAACUCGACAACCAACAAAUCGCUUCUGACUCGACCGAGGCUCCACCAACUGAAGCCCCAGCUGCCGAUCUGGCUGCUGAAAACGUCGAGAAGCCUGAGGAACACGUCGAGGAGCAGCACAUUGCUGUCACCGAGGCUGAACCUGUUGAAGGCGAGAAACCCGCUGAGGAUGUUGCCGUCGUCCACCACGAGGCCGAAGAGGCCAAGCCAACUGAGGAGGGCGAGGCUCAGCAACUGGACGACCAACAAAUCGCUUCUGAUUCGACCGAGGCUCAACCAACUGAAGCCCCAGCUGCCGAUCUGGCUGCUGAACAAGUCGAGCAGCCUGAGGAACACGUCGAGGAGCAGCACAUUGCUGUCACCGAGGCUGAACCUGUUGAAGGCGAGAAACACGCUGAGGAUGUCGCCGUCGUCCACCACGAGGCCGAAGAGACCAAGCCAACUGAGGAGGGCGCGGCUCAGCACAUCGACGAUCAACAAAUCGCUUCUGAUUCGACCGAGGCUCAACCAACUGAAGCCCCAGCUGCCGAUCUGGCUGCUGAAAACGUCGAGAAGCCUGAGGAACACGUCGAGGAGCAGCACAUUGCUGUCACCGAGGCUGAACCUGUUGAAGGCGAGAAGCCCGCUGAGGAUGUUGCCGUGGUCCACCACGAGGCCGAAGAAAUCAAGCCAACUGAGGAGGGCGAGGCUCAGCAACUCGACGAUCAACAAAUCGCUUCCGAUUCGACCGAAGCUCAACCAACUGAAGCCCCAGCUGCCGAUCUGGCUGCUGAAAACGUCGAGAAGCCUGAGGAACACGUCGAGGAGCAGCACAUUGCUGUCACCGAGGCUGAACCUGUUGAAGGCGAGAAGCCCGCUGAGGAUGUUGCCGUGGUCCACCACGAGGCCGAAGAAAUCAAGCCAACUGAGGAGGGCGCGGCUCAGCACAUCGACGAUCAACAAAUCGCUUCUGAUUCGACCGAGGCUCAACCAACUGAAACCCCAGCUGCCGAUCUGGCUGCUGAAAACGUCGAGAAGCCUGAGGAACACGUCGAGGAGCAGCACAUUGCUGUCACCGAGGCUGAACCUGUUGAAGGCGAGAAACCCGCUGAGGAUGUUGCCGUCGUCCACCACGAGGCCGAAGAGACCAAGCCAACUGAGGAGGGCGAGGCUCAGCAACUGGACGACCAACAAAUCGCUUCUGAUUCGACCGAGGCUCAACCAACUGAAGCCCCAGCUGCCGAUCUGGCUGCUGAACAAGUCGAGCAGCCUGAGGAACACGUCGAGGAGCAGCACAUUGCUGUCACCGAGGCUGAACCUGUUGAAGGCGAGAAACCCGCUGAGGAUGUUGCCGUCGUCCACCACGAGGCCGAAGAGACCAAGCCAACUGAGGAGGGCGAGGCUCAGCAACUCGACGACCAACAAAUCGCUUCUGACUCGACCGAGGCUCCACCAACUGAAGCCCCAGCUGCCGAUCUGGCUGCUGAAAACGUCGAGAAGCCUGAGGAACACGUCGAGGAGCAGCACAUUGCUGUCACCGAGGCUGAACCUGUUGAAGGCGAGAAACCCGCUGAGGAUGUUGCCGUCGUCCACCACGAGGCCGAAGAGACCAAGCCAACUGAGGAGGGCGAGGCUCAGCAACUCGACGACCAACAAAUCGCUUCUGAUUCGACCGAGGCUCAACCAACUGAAGCCCCAGCUGCCGAUCUGGCUGCUGAACAAGUCGAGAAGCCUGAGGAACACGUCGAGGAGCAGCACAUUGCUGUCACCGAGGCUGAACCUGUUGAAGGCGAGAAACCCGCUGAGGAUUUUGCCGUCGUCCACCACGAGGCCGAAGAGACCAAGCCAACUGAGGAGGGCGAGGCUCAGCAACUCGACGACGAACAAAUCGCUUCUGAUUCGACCGAGGCUCAACCAACUGAAGCCCCAGCUGCCGAUCUGGCUGCUGAACAAGUCGAGAAGCCUGAGGAACACGUCGAGGAGCAGCACAUUGCUGUCACCGAGGCUGAACCUGUUGAAGGCGAGAAACCCGCUGAGGAUGUUGCCGUCGUCCAUCACGAGGCCGAAGAGACCAAGCCAACUGAGGAGGGCGAGGUUCAGCAACUGGACGACCAACAAAUCGCUUCUGAUUCGACCGAGGCUCAACCAACUGAAGCCCCAGCUGCCGAUCUGGCUGCUGAACAAGUCGAGCAGCCUGAGGAACACGUCGAGGAGCAGCACAUUGCUGUCACCGAGGCUGAACCUGUUGAAGGCGAGAAACCCGCUGAGGAUGUUGCCGUCGUCCACCACGAGGCCGAAGAGACCAAGCCAACUGAGGAGGGCGAGGUUCAGCAACUGGACGACCAACAAAUCGCUUCUGAUUCGACCGAGGCUCAACCAACUGAAGCCCCAGCUGCCGAUCUGGCUGCUGAAAACGUCGAGAAGCCUGAAGAACACGUCGAGGAGCAGCACAUUGCUGUCACCGAGGCUGAACCUGUUGAAGGCGAGAAACCCGCUGAGGAUGUUGCCGUCGUCCACCACGAGGCCGAAGAGACCAAGCCAACUGAGGAGGGCGAGGUUCAGCAACUGGACGACCAACAAAUCGCUUCUGAUUCGACCGAGGCUCAACCAACUGAAGCCCCAGCUGCCGAUCUGGCUGCUGAACAAGUCGAGCAGCCUGAGGAACACGUCGAGGAGCAGCACAUUGCUGUCACCGAGGCUGAACCUGUUGAAGGCGAGAAACACGCUGAGGAUGUCGCCGUCGUCCACCACGAGGCCGAAGAGACCAAGCCAACUGAGGAGGGCGCGGCUCAGCACAUCGACGAUCAACAAAUCGCUUCUGAUUCGACCGAGGCUCAACCAACUGAAGCCCCAGCUGCCGAUCUGGCUGCUGAAAACGUCGAGAAGCCUGAGGAACACGUCGAGGAGCAGCACAUUGCUGUCACCGAGGCUGAACCUGUUGAAGGCGAGAAACCCGCUGAGGAUGUUGCGGAGCGCGAGGCUCAGCAACUCGACGAUCAACAAAUCGCUUCCGAUUCGACCGAAGCUCAACCAACUGAAGCCCCAGCUGCCGAUCUGGCUGCUGAAAACGUCGACAAGCCUGAGGAACACGUCGAGGAGCAGCACAUUGCUGUCACCGAGGCUGAACCUGUUGAAGGCGAGAAACCCGCUGAGGAUGUUGCCGUCGUCCACCACGAGGCCGAAGAGACCAAGCCAACUGAGGAGGGCGAGGCUCAGCAACUGGACGACCAACAAAUCGCUUCUGAUUCGACCGAGGCUCAACCAACUGAAGCCCCAGCUGCCGAUCUGGCUGCUGAACAAGUCGAGCAGCCUGAGGAACACGUCGAGGAGCAGCACAUUGCUGUCACCGAGGCUGAACCUGUUGAAGGCGAGAAACCCGCUGAGGAUGUUGCCGUCGUCCACCACGAGGCCGAAGAGACCAAGCCAACUGAGGAGGGCGAGGCUCAGCAACUGGACGACCAACAAAUCGCUUCUGAUUCGACCGAGGCUCAACCAACUGAAGCCCCAGCUGCCGAUCUGACUGCUGAAAACGUCGAGAAGCCUGAGGAACACGUCGAGGAGCAGCACAUUGCUGUCACCGAGGCUGAACCUGUUGAAGGCGAGAAACCCGCUGAGGAUGUUGCCGUCGUCCAUCACGAGGCCGAAGAGACCAAGCCAACUGAGGAGGGCGAGGCUCAGCAACUCGACGACCAACAAAUCGCUUCUGACUCGACCGAGGCUCCACCAACUGAAGCCCCAGCUGCCGAUCUGGCUGCUGAAAACGUCGAGAAGCCUGAGGAACACGUCGAGGAGCAGCACAUUGCUGUCACCGAGGCUGAACCUGUUGAAGGCGAGAAACCCGCUGAGGAUGUUGCCGUCGUCCACCACGAGGCCGAAGAGACCAAGCCAACUGAGGAGGGCGAGGUUCAGCAACUGGACGACCAACAAAUCGCUUCUGAUUCGACCGAGGCUCAACCAACUGAAGCCCCAGCUGCCGAUCUGGCUGCUGAACAAGUCGAGCAGCCUGAGGAACACGUCGAGGAGCAGCACAUUGCUGUCACCGAGGCUGAACCUGUUGAAGGCGAGAAACCCGCUGAGGAUGUUGCCGUCGUCCAUCACGAGGCCGAAGAGACCAAGCCAACUGAGGAGGGCGAGGCUCAGCAACUCGACGACCAACAAAUCGCUUCUGACUCGACCGAGGCUCCACCAACUGAAGCCCCAGCUGCCGAUCUGGCUGCUGAAAACGUCGAGAAGCCUGAGGAACACGUCGAGGAGCAGCACAUUGCUGUCACCGAGGCUGAACCUGUUGAAGGCGAGAAACCCGCUGAGGAUGUUGCCGUCGUCCAUCACGAGGCCGAAGAGACCAAGCCAACUGAGGAGGGCGAGGCUCAGCAACUCGACGACCAACAAAUCGCUUCUGACUCGACCGAGGCUCCACCAACUGAAGCCCCAGCUGCCGAUCUGGCUGCUGAAAACGUCGAGAAGCCUGAGGAACACGUCGAGGAGCAGCACAUUGCUGUCACCGAGGCUGAACCUGUUGAAGGCGAGAAACCCGCUGAGGAUGUUGCCGUCGUCCAUCACGAGGCCGAAGAGACCAAGCCAACUGAGGAGGGCGAGGCUCAGCAACUCGACGACCAACAAAUCGCUUCUGACUCGACCGAGGCUCCACCAACUGAAGCCCCAGCUGCCGAUCUGGCUGCUGAAAACGUCGAGAAGCCUGAGGAACACGUCGAGGAGCAGCACAUUGCUGUCACCGAGGCUGAACCUGUUGAAGGCGAGAAACCCGCUGAGGAUGUUGCGGUGGUCCACCUCGAGGCCGAAGAAACCAAGCCAACUGAGGAGCGCGAGGCUCAGCAACUCGACGAUCAACAAAUCGCUUCCGAUUCGACCGAAGCUCAACCAACUGAAGCCCCAGCUGCCGAUCUGGCUGCUGAAAACGUCGACAAGCCUGAGGAACACGUCGAGGAGCAGCACAUUGCUGUCACCGAGGCUGAACCUGUUGAAGGCGAGAAACCCGCUGAGGAUGUUGCCGUCGUCCACCACGAGGCCGAAGAGACCAAGCCAACUGAGGAGGGCGAGGCUCAGCAACUGGACGACCAACAAAUCGCUUCUGAUUCGACCGAGGCUCAACCAACUGAAGCCCCAGCUGCCGAUCUGGCUGCUGAACAAGUCGAGCAGCCUGAGGAACACGUCGAGGAGCAGCACAUUGCUGUCACCGAGGCUGAACCUGUUGAAGGCGAGAAACCCGCUGAGGAUGUUGCCGUCGUCCACCACGAGGCCGAAGAGACCAAGCCAACUGAGGAGGGCGAGGCUCAGCAACUGGACGACCAACAAAUCGCUUCUGAUUCGACCGAGGCUCAACCAACUGAAGCCCCAGCUGCCGAUCUGACUGCUGAAAACGUCGAGAAGCCUGAGGAACACGUCGAGGAGCAGCACAUUGCUGUCACCGAGGCUGAACCUGUUGAAGGCGAGAAACCCGCUGAGGAUGUUGCCGUCGUCCAUCACGAGGCCGAAGAGACCAAGCCAACUGAGGAGGGCGAGGCUCAGCAACUCGACGACCAACAAAUCGCUUCUGACUCGACCGAGGCUCCACCAACUGAAGCCCCAGCUGCCGAUCUGGCUGCUGAAAACGUCGAGAAGCCUGAGGAACACGUCGAGGAGCAGCACAUUGCUGUCACCGAGGCUGAACCUGUUGAAGGCGAGAAACCCGCUGAGGAUGUUGCCGUCGUCCACCACGAGGCCGAAGAGACCAAGCCAACUGAGGAGGGCGAGGUUCAGCAACUGGACGACCAACAAAUCGCUUCUGAUUCGACCGAGGCUCAAACAACUGAAGCCCCAGCUGCCGAUCUGGCUGCUGAACAAGUCGAGCAGCCUGAGGAACACGUCGAGGAGCAGCACAUUGCUGUCACCGAGGCUGAACCUGUUGAAGGCGAGAAACCCGCUGAGGAUGUUGCCGUCGUCCAUCACGAGGCCGAAAAGACCAAGCCAACUGAGGAGGGCGAGGCUCAGCAACUCGACGACCAACAAAUCGCUUCUGACUCGACCGAGGCUCCACCAACUGAAGCCCCAGCUGCCGAUCUGGCUGCUGAAAACGUCGAGAAGCCUGAGGAACACGUCGAGGAGCAGCACAUUGCUGUCACCGAGGCUGAACCUGUUGAAGGCGAGAAACCCGCUGAGGAUGUUGCCGUCGUCCAUCACGAGGCCGAAGAGACCAAGCCAACUGAGGAGGGCGAGGCUCAGCAACUCGACGACCAACAAAUCGCUUCUGACUCGACCGAGGCUCCACCAACUGAAGCCCCAGCUGCCGAUCUGGCUGCUGAAAACGUCGAGAAGCCUGAGGAACACGUCGAGGAGCAGCACAUUGCUGUCACCGAGGCUGAACCUGUUGAAGGCGAGAAACCCGCUGAGGAUGUUGCCGUCGUCCACCACGAGGCCGAAGAGACCAAGCCAACUGAGGAGGGCGAGGUUCAGCAACUGGACGACCAACAAAUCGCUUCUGAUUCGACCGAGGCUCAACCAACUGAAGCCCCAGCUGCCGAUCUGGCUGCUGAACAAGUCGAGCAGCCUGAGGAACACGUCGAGGAGCAGCACAUUGCUGUCACCGAGGCUGAACCUGUUGAAGGCGAGAAACCCGCUGAGGAUGUUGCCGUCGUCCACCACGAGGCCGAAGAGACCAAGCCAACUGAGGAGGGCGAGGUUCAGCAACUGGACGACCAACAAAUCGCUUCUGAUUCGACCGAGGCUCAACCAACUGAAGCCCCAGCUGCCGAUCUGGCUGCUGAAAACGUCGAGAAGCCUGAGGAACACGUCGAGGAGCAGCACAUUGCUGUCACCGAGGCUGAACCUGUUGAAGGCGAGAAACCCGCUGAGGAUGUUGCCGUCGUCCACCACGAGGCCGAAGAGACCAAGCCAACUGAGGAGGGCGAGGCUCAGCAACUGGACGACCAACAAAUCGCUUCUGAUUCGACCGAGGCUCAACCAACUGAAGCCCCAGCCGCCGAUCUGACUGCUGAAAACGUCGAGAAGCCUGAGGAACACGUCGAGGAGCAGCACAUUGCUGUCACCGAGGCUGAACCUGUUGAAGGCGAGAAACCCGCUGAGGAUGUUGCCGUCGUCCAUCACGAGGCCGAAGAGACCAAGCCAACUGAGGAGGGCGAGGCUCAGCAACUCGACGACCAACAAAUCGCUUCUGACUCGACCGAGGCUCCACCAACUGAAGCCCCAGCUGCCGAUCUGGCUGCUGAAAACGUCGAGAAGCCUGAGGAACACGUCGAGGAGCAGCACAUUGCUGUCACCGAGGCUGAACCUGUUGAAGGCGAGAAACCCGCUGAGGAUGUUGCGGUGGUCCACCUCGAGGCCGAAGAAACCAAGCCAACUGAGGAGCGCGAGGCUCAGCAACUCGACGAUCAACAAAUCGCUUCCGAUUCGACCGAAGCUCAACCAACUGAAGCCCCAGCUGCCGAUCUGGCUGCUGAAAACGUCGACAAGCCUGAGGAACACGUCGAGGAGCAGCACAUUGCUGUCACCGAGGCUGAACCUGUUGAAGGCGAGAAACCCGCUGAGGAUGUUGCCGUCGUCCACCACGAGGCCGAAGAGACCAAGCCAACUGAGGAGGGCGAGGCUCAGCAACUGGACGACCAACAAAUCGCUUCUGAUUCGACCGAGGCUCAACCAACUGAAGCCCCAGCUGCCGAUCUGGCUGCUGAACAAGUCGAGCAGCCUGAGGAACACGUCGAGGAGCAGCACAUUGCUGUCACCGAGGCUGAACCUGUUGAAGGCGAGAAACCCGCUGAGGAUGUUGCCGUCGUCCACCACGAGGCCGAAGAGACCAAGCCAACUGAGGAGGGCGAGGCUCAGCAACUGGACGACCAACAAAUCGCUUCUGAUUCGACCGAGGCUCAACCAACUGAAGCCCCAGCUGCCGAUCUGACUGCUGAAAACGUCGAGAAGCCUGAGGAACACGUCGAGGAGCAGCACAUUGCUGUCACCGAGGCUGAACCUGUUGAAGGCGAGAAACCCGCUGAGGAUGUUGCCGUCGUCCAUCACGAGGCCGAAGAGACCAAGCCAACUGAGGAGGGCGAGGCUCAGCAACUCGACGACCAACAAAUCGCUUCUGACUCGACCGAGGCUCCACCAACUGAAGCCCCAGCUGCCGAUCUGGCUGCUGAAAACGUCGAGAAGCCUGAGGAACACGUCGAGGAGCAGCACAUUGCUGUCACCGAGGCUGAACCUGUUGAAGGCGAGAAACCCGCUGAGGAUGUUGCCGUCGUCCACCACGAGGCCGAAGAGACCAAGCCAACUGAGGAGGGCGAGGUUCAGCAACUGGACGACCAACAAAUCGCUUCUGAUUCGACCGAGGCUCAACCAACUGAAGCCCCAGCUGCCGAUCUGGCUGCUGAACAAGUCGAGCAGCCUGAGGAACACGUCGAGGAGCAGCACAUUGCUGUCACCGAGGCUGAACCUGUUGAAGGCGAGAAACCCGCUGAGGAUGUUGCCGUCGUCCAUCACGAGGCCGAAGAGACCAAGCCAACUGAGGAGGGCGAGGCUCAGCAACUCGACGACCAACAAAUCGCUUCUGACUCGACCGAGGCUCCACCAACUGAAGCCCCAGCUGCCGAUCUGGCUGCUGAAAACGUCGAGAAGCCUGAGGAACACGUCGAGGAGCAGCACAUUGCUGUCACCGAGGCUGAACCUGUUGAAGGCGAGAAACCCGCUGAGGAUGUUGCCGUCGUCCAUCACGAGGCCGAAGAGACCAAGCCAACUGAGGAGGGCGAGGCUCAGCAACUCGACGACCAACAAAUCGCUUCUGACUCGACCGAGGCUCCACCAACUGAAGCCCCAGCUGCCGAUCUGGCUGCUGAAAACGUCGAGAAGCCUGAGGAACACGUCGAGGAGCAGCACAUUGCUGUCACCGAGGCUGAACCUGUUGAAGGCGAGAAACCCGCUGAGGAUGUUGCCGUCGUCCACCACGAGGCCGAAGAGACCAAGCCAACUGAGGAGGGCGAGGUUCAGCAACUGGACGACCAACAAAUCGCUUCUGAUUCGACCGAGGCUCAACCAACUGAAGCCCCAGCUGCCGAUCUGGCUGCUGAACAAGUCGAGCAGCCUGAGGAACACGUCGAGGAGCAGCACAUUGCUGUCACCGAGGCUGAACCUGUUGAAGGCGAGAAACCCGCUGAGGAUGUUGCCGUCGUCCACCACGAGGCCGAAGAGACCAAGCCAACUGAGGAGGGCGAGGUUCAGCAACUGGACGACCAACAAAUCGCUUCUGAUUCGACCGAGGCUCAACCAACUGAAGCCCCAGCUGCCGAUCUGGCUGCUGAAAACGUCGAGAAGCCUGAGGAACACGUCGAGGAGCAGCACAUUGCUGUCACCGAGGCUGAACCUGUUGAAGGCGAGAAACCCGCUGAGGAUGUUGCCGUCGUCCACCACGAGGCCGAAGAGACCAAGCCAACUGAGGAGGGCGAGGCUCAGCAACUGGACGACCAACAAAUCGCUUCUGAUUCGACCGAGGCUCAACCAACUGAAGCCCCAGCCGCCGAUCUGACUGCUGAAAACGUCGAGAAGCCUGAGGAACACGUCGAGGAGCAGCACAUUGCUGUCACCGAGGCUGAACCUGUUGAAGGCGAGAAACCCGCUGAGGAUGUUGCCGUCGUCCAUCACGAGGCCGAAGAGACCAAGCCAACUGAGGAGGGCGAGGCUCAGCAACUCGACGACCAACAAAUCGCUUCUGACUCGACCGAGGCUCCACCAACUGAAGCCCCAGCUGCCGAUCUGGCUGCUGAAAACGUCGAGAAGCCUGAGGAACACGUCGAGGAGCAGCACAUUGCUGUCACCGAGGCCGAACCUGUUGAAGGCGAGAAACCCGCUGAGGAUGUUGCCGUCGUCCACCACGAGGCCGAAGAGACCAAGCCAACUGAGGAGGGCGAGGUUCAGCAACUGGACGACCAACAAAUCGCUUCUGAUUCGACCGAGGCUCAACCAACUGAAGCCCCAGCUGCCGAUCUGGCUGCUGAACAAGUCGAGCAGCCUGAGGAACACGUCGAGGAGCAGCACAUUGCUGUCACCGAGGCUGAACCUGUUGAAGGCGAGAAACCCGCUGAGGAUGUUGCCGUCGUCCACCACGAGGCCGAAGAGACCAAGCCAACUGAGGAGGGCGAGGUUCAGCAACUGGACGACCAACAAAUCGCUUCUGAUUCGACCGAGGCUCAACCAACUGAAGCCCCAGCUGCCGAUCUGGCUGCUGAACAAGUCGAGCAGCCUGAGGAACACGUCGAGGAGCAGCACAUUGCUGUCACCGAGGCUGAACCUGUUGAAGGCGAGAAACCCGCUGAGGAUGUUGCCGUCGUCCACCACGAGGCCGAAGAGACCAAGCCAACUGAGGAGGGCGAGGUUCAGCAACUGGACGACCAACAAAUCGCUUCUGAUUCGACCGAGGCUCAACCAACUGAAGCCCCAGCUGCCGAUCUGGCUGCUGAAAACGUCGAGAAGCCUGAAGAACACGUCGAGGAGCAGCACAUUCCUGUCACCGAGGCUGAACCUGUUGAAGGCGAGAAACCCGCUGAGGAUGAUGCCGUCGUCCACCACGAGGCCGAAGAGACCAAGCCAACUGAGGAGGGCGAGGUUCAGCAACUGGACGACCAACAAAUCGCUUCUGAUUCGACCGAGGCUCAACCAACUGAAGCCCCAGCUGCCGAUCUGGCUGCUGAAAACGUCGAGAAGCCUGAAGAACACGUCGAGGAGCAGCACAUUGCUGUCACCGAGGCUGAACCUGUUGAAGGCGAGAAACACGCUGAGGAUGUCGCCGUCGUCCACCACGAGGCCGAAGAGACCAAGCCAACUGAGGAGGGCGCGGCUCAGCACAUCGACGAUCAACAAAUCGCUUCUGAUUCGACCGAGGCUCAACCAACUGAAGCCCCAGCUGCCGAUCUGGCUGCUGAAAACGUCGAGAAGCCUGAGGAACACGUCGAGGAGCAGCACAUUGCUGUCACCGAGGCUGAACCUGUUGAAGGCGAGAAGCCCGCUGAGGAUGUUGCCGUGGUCCACCACGAGGCCGAAGAAAUCAAGCCAACUGAGGAGGGCGAGGCUCAGCAACUCGACGAUCAACAAAUCGCUUCCGAUUCGACCGAAGCUCAACCAACUGAAGCCCCAGCUGCCGAUCUGGCUGCUGAAAACGUCGACAAGCCUGAGGAACACGUCGAGGAGCAGCACAUUGCUGUCACCGAGGCUGAACCUGUUGAAGGCGAGAAACCCGCUGAGGAUGUUGCCGUCGUCCACCACGAGGCCGAAGAGACCAAGCCAACUGAGGAGGGCGCGGCUCAGCACAUCGACGAUCAACAACUCGCUUCUGAUUCGACCGAGGCUCAACCAACUGAAGCCCCAGCUGCCGAUCUGGCUGCUGAAAACGUCGAGAAGCCUGAGGAACACGUCGAGGAGCAGCACAUUGCUGUCACCGAGGCUGAACCUGUUGAAGGCGAGAAACCCGCUGAGGAUGUUGCCGUCGUCCACCACGAGGCCGAAGAGACCAAGCCAACUGAGGAGGGCGAGGCUCAGCAACUGGACGACCAACAAAUCGCUUCUGAUUCGACCGAGGCUCAACCAACUGAAGCCCCAGCUGCCGAUCUGGCUGCUGAACAAGUCGAGCAGCCUGAGGAACACGUCGAGGAGCAGCACAUUGCUGUCACCGAGGCUGAACCUGUUGAAGGCGAGAAACCCGCUGAGGAUGUUGCCGUCGUCCACCACGAGGCCGAAGAGACCAAGCCAACUGAGGAGGGCGAGGCUCAGCAACUGGACGACCAACAAAUCGCUUCUGAUUCGACCGAGGCUCAACCAACUGAAGCCCCAGCUGCCGAUCUGGCUGCUGAAAACGUCGAGAAGCCUGAGGAACACGUCGAGGAGCAGCACAUUGCUGUCACCGAGGCUGAACCUGUUGAAGGCGAGAAACCCGCUGAGGAUGUUGCCGUCGUCCACCACGAGGCCGAAGAGACCAAGCCAACUGAGGAGGGCGAGGCUCAGCAACUGGACGACCAACAAAUCGCUUCUGAUUCGACCGAGGCUCAACCAACUGAAGCCCCAGCUGCCGAUCUGGCUGCUGAACAAGUCGAGCAGCCUGAGGAACACGUCGAGGAGCAGCACUUUGCUGUCACCGAGGCUGAACCUGUUGAAGGCGAGAAACCCGCUGAGGAUGUUGCCGUCGUCCACCACGAGGCCGAAGAGACCAAGCCAACUGAGGAGGGCGAGGCUCAGCAACUGGACGACCAACAAAUCGCUUCUGAUUCGACCGAGGCUCAACCAACUGAAGCCCCAGCUGCCGAUCUGGCUGCUGAACAAGUCGAGCAGCCUGAGGAACACGUCGAGGAGCAGCACAUUGCUGUCACCGAGGCUGAACCUGUUGAAGGCGAGAAACCCGCUGAGGAUGUUGCCGUCGUCCACCACGAGGCCGAAGAGACCAAGCCAACUGAGGAGGGCGCGGCUCAGCACAUCGACGAUCAACAAAUCGCUUCUGAUUCGACCGAGGCUCAACCAACUGAAGCCCCAGCUGCCGAUCUGGCUGCUGAAAACGUCGAGAAGCCUGAGGAACACGUCGAGGAGCAGCACAUUGCUGUCACCGAGGCUGAACCUGUUGAAGGCGAGAAACCCGCUGAGGAUGUUGCCGUCGUCCACCACGAGGCCGAAGAGACCAAGCCAACUGAGGAGGGCGAGGCUCAGCAACUCGACGACGAACAAAUCGCUUCUGAUUCGACCGAGGCUCAACCAACUGAAGCCCCAGCUGCCGAUCUGGCUGCUGAACAAGUCGAGAAGCCUGAGGAACACGUCGAGGAGCAGCACAUUGCUGUCACCGAGGCUGAACCUGUUGAAGGCGAGAAACCCGCUGAGGAUGUUGCCGUCGUCCACCACGAGGCCGAAGAGACCAAGCCAACUGAGGAGGGCGAGGCUCAGCAACUCGACGACCAACAAAUCGCUUCUGACUCGACCGAGGCUCCACCAACUGAAGCCCCAGCUGCCGAUCUGGCUGCUGAAAACGUCGAGAAGCCUGAGGAACACGUCGAGGAGCAGCACAUUGCUGUCACCGAGGCUGAACCUGUUGAAGGCGAGAAGCCCGCUGAGGAUGUUACCGUCGUCCACCACGAGGCCGAAGAGACCAAGCCAACUGAGGAGGGCGAGGCUCAGCAACUCGACGACCAACAAAUCGCUUCUGACUCGACCGAGGCUCAACCAACUGAAGCCCCAGCUGCCGAUCUGGCUGCUGAAAACGUCGAGAAGCCUGAGGAACACGUCGAGGAGCAGCACAUUGCUGUCACCGAGGCUGAACCUGUUGAAUGCGAGAAACCCGCUGAGGAUGUUGCCGUCGUCCACCACGAGGCCGAAGAGACCAAGCCAACCGAGGAGGGCGAGGCUCAGCAACUCGACGACCAACAAAUCGCUUCUGACUCGACCGAGGCUCCACCAACUGAAGCCCCAGCUGCCGAUCUGGCUGCUGAAAACGUCGAGAAGCCUGAGGAACACGUCGAGGAGCAGCACAUUGCUGUCACCGAGGCUGAACCUGUUGAAGGCGAGAAGCCCGCUGAGGAUGUUACCGUCGUCCACCACGAGGCCGAAGAGACCAAGCCAACUGAGGAGGGCGAGGCUCAGCAACUCGACGACCAACAAAUCGCUUCUGACUCGACCGAGGCUCAACCAACUGAAGCCCCAGCUGCCGAUCUGGCUGCUGAAAACGUCGAGAAGCCUGAGGAACACGUCGAGGAGCAGCACAUUGCUGUCACCGAGGCUGAACCUGUUGAAGGCGAGAAACACGCUGAGGAUGUUGCCGUCGUCCACCACGAGGCCGAAGAGACCAAGCCAACUGAGGAGGGCGAGGCUCAGCAACUCGACGAUCAACAAAUCGCUUCUGAUUCGACCGAGGCUCAACCAACUGAAGCCCCAGCUGCCGAUCUGGCUGCUGAACAAGUCGAGAAGCCUGAGAAACACGUCGAGGAGCAGCACAUUGCUGUCACCGAGGCUGAACCUGUUGAAGGCGAGAAACCCGCUGAGGAUGUUGCAGUCGUCCACCACGAGGCCGAAGAGACCAAGCCAACUGAGGAGGGCGAGGCUCAGCAACUCGACGAUCAACAAGUCGCUUCCGAUUCGACCGAGGCUCAACCAACUGAAGCCCCAGCUGCCGAUCUGGCUGCUGAACAAGUCGAGAAGCCUGAGAAACACGUCGAGGAGCAGCACAUUGCUGUCACCGAGGCUGAACCUGUUGAAGGCGAGAAACCCGCUGAGGAUGUUGCCGUCGUCCACCACGAGGCCGAAGAGACCAAGCCAACUGAGGAGGGCGAUGCUCAGCAACUCGACGACCAACAAAUCGCUUCUGACUCGACCGAGGCUCAACCAACUGAAGCCCCAGCUGCCGACCUGGCUGCUGAAAACGUCGAGAAGCUUGAGGAACACGUCGAGGAGCAGCACAUUGCUGUCACCGAGGCUGAACCUGUUGAAGGCGAGAAACCCGCUGAGGAUGUUACCGUCGUCCACCACGAGGCCGAAGAGACCAAGCCAACUGAGGAGGGCGAGGCUGAAGUUCAGCACCUCGACGACCAAGACAUCGCUUCCGAUUCCACCGAAGCUCAACCAACUGAAGCCCCAGCUGCCGAUCUGGCUGCUGAACAAGUCGAGAAGCCUGAGGAACACGUCGAGGAGCAGCACAUUGCUGUCACCGAGGCUGAACCUUUUGAAGGCGAGAAACCCGCUGAGGAUGUUGCCGUCGUCCACCACGAGGCCGAAGAGACCAAGCCAACUGAGGAGGGCGAGGCUCAGCAACUCGACGAUCAACAAAUCGUUUCUGACUCGACCGAGGCUCUACCAACUGAAGCCCCAGCUGCCGAUCUGGCUGCUGAACAAGUCGAGAAGCCUGAGGAACACGUCGAGGAGCAGCACAUUGCUGUCACCGAGGCUGAACCUGUUGAAGGCGAGAAACCCGCUGAGGAUGUUACCGUCGUCCACCACGAGGCCGAAGAGACCAAGCCAACUGAGGAGGGCGAGGCUCAGCAACUCGACGAUCAACAAAUCGUUUCUGACUCGACCGAGGCUCUACCAACUGAAGCCCCAGCUGCCGAUCUGGCUGCUGAACAAGUCGAGAAGCCUGAGGAACACGUCGAGGAGCAGCACAUUGCUGUCACCGAGGCUGAACCUGUUGAAGGCGACAAACCCGCUGAGGAUGUUCCCGUCGUCCACCACGAGGCCGAAGACACCAAGCCAACUGAGGAGGGCGAGGCUCAGCAACUCAACGACCAACAAAUCGCUUCUGAUCCGACCGAGGCUCAACCAUCUGAAGCCCCAGCUGCCGAUCUGGCUGCUGAACAAGUCGAGAAGCCUGCGGAACACGGCGAGGAGCAGCACAUUGCUGUCACCGAGGCUGAACCUGUUGAAGGCGAGAAACCCGCUGAGGAUGUCGCCGUGGUCCACCACGAGGCCGAAGAAACCAAGCCAACUGAGGGGGGCGAGGCUCAAGAUCAGCACCUCGACGACCAACAAAUCGCUUCCGAUUCGACCAAAGCUCAACCAACUGAAGCCCCAGCUGCCGAUCUGGCUGCUGAAAACGUCGAGAAGCCUGAGGAACACGGCGAGGAGCAGCACAUUGCUGUCACCGAGCCUGAACCUGUUGAAGGCGAGAAACCCGCUGAGGAUGUUGCCGUCGUCCACCACGAGGCCGAAGAGACCAAGCCAACUGAGGAGGGCGAGGCUCAGCAACUCGACGACCAACAAAUCGCUUCUGAUCCGACCGAGGCUCAACCAUCUGAAGCCCCAGCUGCCGAUCUGGCUGCUGAACAAGUCGAGAAGCCUGCGGAACACGUCGACGAGCAGCACAUUGCUGUCGCCGAAUCCCAACCUUACUUUGUCGAGGAUGGCAGUGAGGUUCGCACCCGUGGAAAGCGUGAUGCCGGAUUCGAAGAGCGGGAGGUAGUCGACCCCUCCUAUGCAUCCGUUCCCCUUGUGAGAACUGCUGCCUCGAGCAGCGUCACUUCCAACUUUAUCCCCACCAAACGGGUAGCCGCCACCGCUUCAUUCGCCGUCGGGUCGGCGAUGAAGAUGAGCAGCGACGCGAAGGAGGUGACGUUGGCCUGGAAGGCCAACAAGAUGCCAGCCGUGGCGGAAGAUCUAAAGGUCGGCCAGAUCGAGGUGGGAGGAGCUGGACAUGGUGAAUUUAAAGUUAAACGUGAGGCGGCCUUUACCAGCGCUUCUGGAAAGCCGUGGCCGAAGCGUUGCCGUUGCAUCGUGAUGGACGUGAUCCUGAUCGCCGGCGAACACCGUGCGGGUGCCACGGUCCGGGUCGGGCCCCGCAAGUAUUACGACAAGGCG